UCAUAGUGCUGUCAUACAUGGGUGUACUGUUGAAGAUGAUGCCUUUGUAGGCAUGGGAGCUACACUACUCGAUGGUGUGGUGGUUGAGAAACAUGCCAUGGUUGCUGCUGGUUCUCUUGUGAAACAGAACACGCGAAUCCCUUCUGGAGAGGUGUGGGGAGGAAAUCCAGCAAAGUUCAUGAGAAAGUUAACAGAUGAAGAGAUAGAAUAUAUCUCACAGUCAGCAAAAAACUACAUCAAUCUCGCACAGAUUCAUGCCUCAGAGAAUUCAAAAUCAUUUGAUCAGAUCGAGGUUGAGAAAGCGCUUAGGAGGAAGUAUGCACGCAAGGACGAGGAUUACGAUUCAAUGCUUGGGAUUACCCGUGAAAUUCCUCCCGAGUUGAUUCUUCCCGACAAUGUGUUACCUGGUGGUAAACCCCCAGCCCAGGUCCCGACUACUCAGUACUACUAAUUCCAGUCGCAGGUUGUUUUUGUGUGUUAAAUCAUUUCAAGACAGGAUUGAUUCUCUGGAAGGUCGAGAGAGAUAUUAUUUUGGUUUUCACUUUUCUUCUGAGCAAGCAAGGGAUUUAUUAUCCUUGCUCAAUAAUGUACCGUUGCAUUAUGAUGAAGUCAUGUCUUCGAGGAACAAUUGCAGAAAGAGAAACAAAGUUGCAUUCACUACUUUUUUGCUC